UCGCAACACCAGAAACCCACAAAAUGAGUGCAGCAGACACUGAUGCGAUCGUCUUGGUCGAGCGGCAGCUCAAAGAUAUUGUGCAAACGCUGUAUAACCUCAUCGUGCAGGCGUAUGAUCACCAUGGCAUCAAGACGCAAGAAGCUAUGAAGCGCGAGGUCCAAGCGCUCAUCCAGGAUCUUGUGAAGUUGUCACAGACAGCUCCUCUUGUGCAGAUCGACAUACCACCAGAAGUCACAAACUACGUAGAAAGCUCUCGUAAUCCCGACAUUUACACUCGAGAGUUUGUCGAACUUGUGCAACGCACGAAUCAGAUGCUGAAAGGCCGCGGAGAAGCCUACCGUUUUCUACAAGAGCAGAUCUCGUGGCAACUCUCGAACGCUGUACCGGAACUGCAAAAUGAUGUUACUAGGGUCGUAGAAGCUACUGCUGGUAAAGUUCCGCCCUGAUCGUUUAGGUCGCGGUCAGGUGCUCGAAGUCACAUCGCCAAAUUGCACUGCUCCCUCUACGAUUACUCAAUCGAGUUCGAAGCACCUUCAAAACGCCAUCGAGACAAGGCCUUCUUUACGAUACCCUUCUCCCGCUUAUGUCAAUGGUAUUUUCUUGCUUCCACUAUAUAGCCUACUACCGAUUAUUCAGCCUGGGUCAGGGGGCCACACCCACAAUCGACGACGUGUAGGCCGUAGAAUAAUAUGGCAGCUGCCUUCGCGUUGCGUGGCAUCGAAACGCUUCUUGGUCUGUAGAAAUAUACGUGGUUCUCUGAUUAGCAGGUCCCCGUCACACUUCGAUCAGUACGUGUGGCUGUCACAAUUACGCCCAAGGCAUAAUCACUGUAUCGCAAACAACAGAG